ACUGGACUUGUAGUUGUGGUAUCCCCAGGAUUGCACUCUAAACUACAACUCCCAUAAAGCACCUAUGGCCUCACUGCGCAGACUCAGCUCUGUUUAUUUGGUACUCAAACAGCGAGCAGGAAGCUCCGUUCAGGAAUUGACCAGAAAAAGGUGUAAUGGCCCGGUGAUGUGUCCCUGACCCGAGGAGUGAAGAGACACCCAGGACUCUGUGUCAAGAGCAGUGCCCAGCCAUGACCGAGUGCUUCCUGCCCCCCAGUAGCAGCCCAGCGGAGGUUCGUCGGGCGGAGCACCCGGGAGGGGUGGCUCGUACCCCCAGCUCGGAGGAGAUCAGCCCCACCAAGUUCCCCGGACUGUACAGGACGGGCGAGCCCUCGCCCCCCCACGACGGACACCACCACCAUGAGGUCAUCGACGCCCUGUCGGAUGAUGAUAAAGACCACGGGAAGAAGAAGAACAAGUUCAAGAAGAAGGAGAAGAGGACGGAGGGAUACGCAGCCUUCCAGGAGGACAGCUCGGCGGACGAGGCAGAGAGCCCCUCCAAGAUGAAGCGUUCGAAGGGUAUUCACGUGUUUAAGAAACCCAGCUUCUCCAAGAAGAAAGACUUCAAGGUGAAGGAGAAGUGUCCCAAGGAGGACAAGAAAGACAAGAAGUCUAAAGACCUGACGGCAGCAGACGUGGUAAAACAGUGGAAGGAGAAGAAGAAGAAGAAGAAGCCCGCGGCCGAGCCGGAGCCCGUCCCCGUGGAGAUGCCUACAUUCAGACCCAUCUUCGGGGCUCCCCUGGCUGAGGCAGUGAAGAGAACAGCCCUGUACGACGGGAUCCAGCUCCCUGCAGUCUUCAGAGAGUGUAUCGACUACAUCGAGAGCUACGGAAUGAGGUGUGAAGGAAUCUACCGUGUGUCAGGUAUGAAGUCUAAAGUGGAUGAGCUGAAGGCAUCGUAUGACCGCGAGGAGUGUCCAUGCUUGGAAGAGUAUGACCCUCACACUGUAGCUAGCCUGUUGAAGCAGUACCUCCGAGAACUUCCUGAGAACAUUCUGGGGCGAGACCUGGCUCAACGCUUUGAGGACGCCUGCAGUAGACCGGCUGAGGCUGACAAGGUGGCAGAGUUCCAGCGUCUCUUAACGGAGGUGCCCCCCGGCAGUCGUCUGCUCCUGUCCUGGCUGGUCACUCACAUGGACCAUGUUAUCACAAGAGAGACCGACACCAAGAUGAAUAUCCAGAAUAUAUCCAUCGUACUCAACCCCACUGUACAGAUUGGUAACAGGGUCCUGUACAUGUUCUUCACCCACGUGAGAGAGCUGUUUGGGGACGUGUUUCUGAGGCCCGUAUCACGUCCCCUCCGUUGGUCCAAUGCUGCCACCAUGCCGGCCCUGCCAGAGACACAGGACAGCAUCAAGGAGGAGAUACGACGACAGGAGUUCCUGCUGAACUGCCUUCACAGAGACCUCCAGGCUGGGGUGAAGGAUCUGUCUAAAGAAGAGAGGCUCUGGGAGGUCCAACGAAUCCUGACCGCUUUAAAGCGCAAACUACGGGAGGCGAAGAGACAGGAGUGUGAGACUAAGAUAGCCCAGGAAAUAGCCAGUCUCUCUAAAGAAGACGUUUCUAAAGAAGAGAUGACUGAGAAUGAAGAAGAGGUGGUCAACAUACUGCUGGCACAGGAGAAUGAAAUCCUGACAGAGCAGGAGGAGCUGAUAUCUCUGGAGCAGGUGUUGAGGAGACAGAUCGCUACAGAGAAGGAGGAGAUCGAGAGACUGAGGGCCGAGAUCGCUGACAUACAGAGUCGUCAACAGGGUCGCAGUGAGACAGAGGAGUACUCUUCAGACAGCGAGAGUGAGAGCGAAGACGAGGAGGAACUACAGAUGAUCCUGGAAGAGCUGCACAAACAGAACGAAGAACUGGAGAACAAGAACACCCACUUCAACCAGGCCAUCCACGAGGAGCAGGAAGCCAUCUUGGAACUGCGCGUUCAGCUCCGCCUCCUCCAGACCCACAAGCUUCAGCAGCAGGAGCUGACAGCCCCACCUGCAGCAGAACAGGCUCCGCCCAUACAGCCCAGCCCCGAGGCGAGGAGCGAGGAGCAGACCAAACGUUCCGUAGUUGCCGUGGUUUCCCCUGCAGCAGCAGAGCCAGUGGUGGUGGUGGAAGCUAAGAACGGGAAAGCUACCACCGCCAAGGAUCCACCGAAACCUUCCCCUAGUAAAGAUAGGAGGGAGACCAACCUGUGAGCUCCUCUCCAGCUCUACACAUUCCUCUCCAUCUCUCCCUGGCCUCUAUUCAUCUCUCCCUGGCCUCUAUUCAUCUCUCCCUGGCCUCUAUUCAUCUCUCCCUGGCCUCUAUCCAUCUCUCCCUGGCCUCUAUCCAUCUCUCCCUGGCCUCUAUCCAUCUCUCCCUGUCCCUGGCCUCUAUCCAUCUCUCCCUGGCCUCUAUCCAUCUCUCCCUGGCCUCUAUCCAUCUCUCCCUGGCCUCUAUCCAUCUCUCCCUGGCCUCUAUCCAUCUCUCCCUGGCCUCUAUCCAUCUCUCCCUGGCCUCUAUCCAUCUCUCCCUGGCCUCUAUUCAUCUCUCCCUGGCCUCUAUUCAUCUCUCCCUGGCCUCUAUCCAUCUCUCCCUGGCCUCUAUCCAUCUCUCCCUGGCCUCUAUCCAUCUCUCCCUGGUCUCUAUUCAUCUCUCCCUGGCCUCUAUCCAUCUCUCCCUGGCCUCUAUCCAUCUCUCCCUGGCCUCUAUCCAUCUCUCCCUGGCCUCUAUCCAUCUCUCCCUGGCCUCUAUCCAUCUCUCCCUGGCCUCUAUUCAUCUCUCCCUGGCCUCUAUCCAUCUCUCCCUGGCCUCUAUCCAUCUCUCCCUGGCCUCUAUCCAUCUCUCCCUGGCCUCUAUCCAUCUCUCCCUGGCCUCUAUCCAUCUCUCCCUGGCCUCUAUCCAUCUCUCCCUGGCCUCUAUCCAUCUCUCCCUGGCCUCUAUCCAUCUCUCCCUGGCCUCUAUCCAUCUCUCCCUGGCCUCUAUCCAUCUCUCCCUGGCCUCUAUCCAUCUCUCCCUGGCCUCUAUCCAUCUCUCCCUGGCCUCUAUCCAUCUCUCCCUGGUCUCUAUCCAUCUCUCCCUGGUCUCUAUCCAUCUCUCCCUGGUCUCUAUUCAUCUCUCCCUGGCCUCUAUCCAUCUCUCCCUGGCCUCUAUCCAUCUCUCCCUGGCCUCUAUCCAUCUCUCCCUGGCCUCUAUCCAUCUCUCCCUGGCCUCUAUCCAUCUCUCCCUGGUCUCUAUUCAUCUCUCCCUGGCCUCUAUCCAUCUCUCCCUGGCCUCUAUCCAUCUCUCCCUGGCCUCUAUCCAUCUCUCCCUGGCCUCUAUCCAUCUCUCCCUGGCCUCUAUCCAUCUCUCCCUGGCCUCUAUCCAUCUCUCCCCGGCCUCUAUCCAUCUCUCCCUGGCCUCUAUCCAUCUCUCCCUGGUCUCUCUCCCCGGUCUCUAUCCAUCUCUCCCCGGUCUCUCUCCCUCUCUCCCCGGUCUCUCUCCCUCUCUCCCCGGUCUCUCUCCCUCUCUAUCCAUCUCUCCCUGGUCUCUCUCCCCGGUCUCUAUCCAUCUCUCCCCGGUCUCUCUCCCUCUCUCCCCGGUCUCUCUCCCUCUCUCCCCGGUCUCUCUCCCUCUCUCCCCGGUCUCUCUCCCCGUCUCUAUCCAUCUCUCCCCGGUCUCUCUCCCCGUCUCUAUCCAUCUCUCCCCGGUCUCUAUCCAUCUCUCCCCGGUCUCUCUCCCUGGUCUCUUUCCCUCUCUCCCCGGUCUCUAUUAAUCUCUCCCUGGACUCUAUUCCUCUCUCCCCGGACUCUAUUCAUCCCUCUCCCCCUCUUUCCCUGGGAUCCAUCCAUCUCUCACCUUCUCCCUGGCCAAACGAGGAGGAGAGGAGGAGAUAGGAGAGGAGGAGAUAGGAGAGGAGGAGGUAGGAGAGGAGGAGAAAGGCUACUAAUGAAGGACGAGGUUGGUUCUAUUGGUUAUAUUCACAAAGCAUCUCACAGUAGGAGUGCUGAUCUCAGAUCAGAUCCUCUCUGUCCAUGUAGUUCUUAUUCACUAAAAUCUAAAAGGCUAAACUGAUCCUAGAUCAGCACUCCGACUCGGUUGCUUUAUGAAUACAGACCUAUAAAUGAUAGAAAAGCAUCUUAGAUGACAGCUUUUUAAUAUGGCCCAUGUUAAACCAACAACAUUAAAAACAACUCCACUUAAUGCUUGUCUUUACCAAUCCUGUACCAAUCCUGUACCAAUCCUGUACCAAUCCUGUACCAAUCCUGUACCAGUCCUGUACCAGUCCUGUACCAGUCCUGUACCAGUCCUGUACCAAUCCUGUACCAGUCCUGUACCAGUCCUGUACCAAUCCUGUACCAGUCCUGUACGAGUCCUGCACCAAUCAUGGAUGGAAUGGAUCCUCUGUGCCAUAAUAACUGAGAGAGAGAGACACGGGUCUGUUGGGUCGAUAGAACCACUAAAGACAACAUUAAAGAGAGAUGUCAAACAUUUUUUUUACAACUUCAUAUUCAUCAUCUCCAUCACCACCUCAACAUCAACGUGAGAGAAAAUGGCGCGUUUCUAUUUUUGUUGUUGUUGUAGUAAACAAUAUAAUUACGAGCGUUGCCAAUGACAUGCAAUGGCUCCUCCCAUAAUUGAUUAAAAUCACAUGAUGCACACUGAUGAUGUCAUUGGUAACACUUAUCUUCCUCUUAUGACUUUUUUACUACAAAACAUAGAAAUGCUUCAUUUACACACAUGUUGAUGUUGAUGAUGAAUUAUAAAAUAUAAAUAUUUGGAAACAUUAAUACAUUUUUAUUUAUUUAAUUUUUUAUUUAACUGACUUGCCUAGUUAAAUAAAGGUUAAGAAAAAAAAUUCUUAUUUACAAUGACGGCCGAGGAACGGUGGGUUAACUGCCUUGUUCAGGGGCAGAACGAUAGAUUUUUACCUUGUCAGCUCGGAGGAUUCGAUCUUGCAACCUUCCGGGUUACUAGUCCAACGCGCUAAACCACUAGGCUUACCCUGCCGAUUAGUCUAUCUAUCUAUUAUAUAUUUACAUAAUACUCUGGUAGAUAUUGGUGAUUGGUCUAUCUAUAUAUUUACAUAAUACGCUGGUAGAUAUUGGGAGAAGAAGACUAAAUCCUUGCAAAUAGAAAAUGUUUAAAUGUACCUACCUGAUGCCAUUUAUUCAGUCAUAUUAAUAUAUAGUAGAGGAUGGUAAGCUGAAGAAGCAGCACGAACAUGUCAACUUCACUGUGCCUGUUAAUACAAACCUGUUGAAUGAUCUACAGAACACAUUCAGAACCCACAGAGAUAAGCGUUACGAAAUGCUUAUGUAGUGCUUAUGAAUGUUUUAUGGAUGGGUUAUGAAGUCCUUAUGUAGUGCUUAUGGAUGGGUUAUGAAUGUGUUAUGAAGUCCUUAUGUAGGUAGUACCCUUCAAGUAAAAUGUUGCCUGCCUUUUUUCCAUAUUCAUAAUUACAUCUCUUAUUGACAGAGGGUCAGAAGGACUGGGUUGUGUUCAUUUGGGCAUCAAACGGAAGAAAACCAAUUGAAAACGGGGUGGCACUAACUUAACUUGUUCAAUGAGAAAUGCACUUUUUUUUUUCUCUUUCCGUUGCAAAACUUUUUUAAAUUUUUUUUUUAAACAACGUUGUUGUUGUUUUUUUCAUUCUGUGCCCUAAUAAACAAGAGCUUGUUAUAAAGUGGGCGCAAGUCAACAUUAUAAGUCAGUCAUUACAGAAUACAUAGUCAACGACCAUUGGAACGAUGGAAACAUGCUACUUUACCUGUCGUUGUCAAUUUGUGAUGGGUGAAAGCGAAGGACAUUAAGACGGCACAGCAGGAUGUGCAUGUACAUUAUUGUAAAAUGUAAAACAUACUGUAUUUUCAACAUUUUGGCAUUUCUGUUUUUUUUUGUUGACGUAAGUAAUGAUCUGAAUUAACUGAAGGAAGUGUGACAGCGCUCUGUUCUACAGCGUUGGAACUUGUUGCUCUGAGCAAAUCCUGUCGCCGGGGAAAUGUGAUUUUUGUUUUUUAGAAAUGUUAUCGUUUAUUAACGAAUCUGUUACGAUUGAAAUGAAUAUGACUCGUAACUGUGGUUUAAUCUUCGCCAUAAGGUUAUUUUCAUAUUGUUAAAGGCUUUCGUAGCUUCCCAUGCCAGUUGAAAAAUAAAGGUGUAGAACUGAA